CCCGGAUAUUCGGAUCCGUAUUGUCGUAUUGACACCGUGAACCCAACCAACCAAAACCCUAAACCCUUUUUUGACUUGUCUCUACUUGUUACUUCACCGCCGCGUUCUCAGUCUCUCAAAUUCCUCUGUGCUUUCGAUUCUUACCAGUGAAUUUUUCUUAUUUUACUUAUCUUAUGCUCGUAUUUGGAGGAACUGAGCAAAACCCUAGUUGUUUAAUUGGGUCAAAUUUGUAGAUUGAGAAUCCAAAUUUAUCGACCUAGUUAUUGAAUCCCGAGUUGAUACCUAGAAACCCUUUUGCAGUCGCAGUAAAAUGGGUAAGCUGGGGAAGAAAGCUAGGAAAUUUGCCAAGAAAAAUCUCCAGUCUGUUGAGAAACGAAGCAGAAAGCUCAAGCCUUUUAUCAAGAAGAAAUUUGCAAAGAGAAAUGAGCGUCACCAAGCAGGAGAUAAACAGGAGAAGAAGGUAGAGCAACAACCUAAGAAGAGAUGUCAAGAAGAAGAAUUUCAGGAUAUAGCAAUAGAUGCAGUAUUCGGAAAGGAUGAUGAUGAAGUUCUCCGCGAUGGUGAUUCAGAUAGUGAUGGAUAUCUGGAUGAGGUAUUUAACUUAGUGUUUGGUGAAAAUAUGAACACAAAUUUUGUUUUAGCUAUUUUCUGUUGUUUCAGGUUUUGUUAGCAUGCUCUUAUUGUUUAUACAGCAAAGUAACAUUGAAACUAUCAAUCAUCCCAUGCAGUUGGUAAAUGAAACUGACUCAGAUAUUAUGAAGUGCAAAGUACUCUCAAGAUCUUUUUUAGCCACUUGCUGUGACAUGGUUGAUAAGGAGCAGUAUGUUCCAGCAUUGGUUAGAUUGUUAAAUUGGUAUCGAGCUGCAUGUCAAUAUGGGCACGAACCAUCAGGGAUUGCUAGGCCUAAUAUAUACUAUGACAUAGAAGACAGUGAGACAUUUGCCAAGGUCAUAAUUUUUGUCCUCCAAAAAGCUGAUCACACUUUUAGGAGUAUCCUGGGAUUAUCAGAUUCCAGUACUAAGGAGAAGAUUUUGAAGUUGAAGAACAACCCAAAAUGGGAUAGUUUAAAACCACUGGUCAAAUCUUUCUUUCGAAGUACCUUGCAUCUUGUUAAGCAGGCAGGAGACUUGGAGAUAAUAUCUUUUACCCUUACCCAACUUAGAGUCUCUAUCGUGUUUUUGGCCGCAUUUCCAGAUCUUCUGAAAAAAUUGAUCAAGAUAUCUGUUCAUCUGUGGGUAACCGGUGAAGAGACUAUAUCGCAGCAGGCUUUUCUAAUCUUAAAAGACAUCAGUAUGGUUUUUAACUCGGAAUGCUUUGAUUCCUGCUUAAUCAACAUGUACAAAGCCUUUCUACAUGACUGUGAUAUUCCAAAGGCAAAUUCAGAACAACGUCCGUUCCUCAGAGAUUCUCUUGUUGAGCUAUGCUCUCAAGAUGUGCAGAAGUCUUAUACCAAGGCCUCUGUUUCUAUUACACAACUUGCCAAGUUAUUGAAGAUGGCUCUCGCUACAAAGAAUAAGGAAGCUGUUGAAAAGAUACAUAGUGGGGAGUACAUAAAUUGUGUUGAUCUCUGGGUAAAUUUUAUUUCUGCCAACGUUCAGGAUUGUGAUCUCCAGCCUCUGCUUUAUACUAUAGUUCAGGUUAUAAAUGGAGUUGCUCAACUAAUUAUUGGACCACGUUACCUGCUCCUAAGGGUCAAAUGUAUCCACUGGCUCAACCAUCUCUCUCGUACAAGCGGUAUAUUCAUUCCCAUUGCAUCAUUGGUAUUGGAUAUGUUGGAAUAUAAAACCACAAAUGAUGGUGAAAAGCAAGAACAGAAGCUUGAAGCUGUCUCAACCGUAAAGCUGCCUAAGAAUUGGUUGAAGUCCCAAAACUUCCAAGAACAGUGUAUCUUUUCUGUGAUUGAACUGCUUGCUGUCCACUUUGCUCAAUGGAGCUUCCAUAUAUCAUUUCCAGAUCUUGCAACGAUUCCCGUCAUGAGGCUGAAGAAAUUUCACGAGAGAAGCACUAUGGAAGGAUUGAAGCGGGUGGUGAAACGCUUUAUCGAGCAGGUAGAGUCGAACAUUGAGUUUGUUCAGAGGAAGAGAGAUGACGUGACUUUUUCUCCAAACGAUCAACAAUCUGCAGACACGUUUAUGCAGCUUGAAAAGCAAAAUGCGAAUGCUCCUUAUACACAAUACUAUCAAAGCAUCAUAGACAAAGCUCUUGGAACAAACAAGAAGAAGAAGAAGUGAGCAGUGAUUGCACCAAAGCAGAUUCCCAUGGAACAUCUCAAAUGUUUGUUCACCAUUUUUGCUGUCGUUUAUUUAUUCUUAGUGUUGGCUUUCAUGAAUUAUUUUCGAAAAGAUCUACAAAUACAUUUUAUGCAAAACUUUGGUGUAAUGAAAAAAGGAGAAAUUUUCGAGAAAAACAAAUGUUUCUAUAUUCGAUGUUGUAGUGUUUUAGUAAAAAGUAGUAGACGUGUUAUUCUGUCUCUCGGAAAGAAUGUUGGGAAAACUAAGCUUUACUUCUUUUAAUUCCAA